AUGGGCGGCUUGGUAAGCCUCCGUGAGAGUUUGUUGUUGGCCAUUCUCUGCUUUGCGGUGUGGAACGAAGUGAUCUCCUCUCACAUAAAUUCACAAGCUUUAUUUGAAGAACCUGUCCUUCCUGAAACCAAGAUCAGCAUUAAGAUGCCAGGGACUAGUCCACAAGAGAGGUCGUCUACACGUCGAACUGGCUGUCGUGAGCGGUUUUGUCGACAGGUCAGGCGACAAAGGAAAAUAGAAGACUUAAAACAUGAUCAGCUAUCAGUAUCUGUCACUCCAGAUAUAUAUAUUUGUUUGAAUAAUGUGGCAUGUUCUGUUGUAUAUAUUUUAGUUCACUUUGAACCAAGUGCUUCACAGAAGACAGCACAUCACAUGUUGUUAUAUGGUUGUAGUUUACCAGGAGCUCUUCUUUCUAGCUGGGAUUGUAAAAGUGGACCAUACAGGGAAUGUGAGGGUUCUCAAAACAUUAUUUAUGCCUGGGCCAAAGAUGCACCUGCUAAAUUCUUACCCAAAGAUGUUGGAUUUGCGGUAGGAGGAAAUUCAGGAAUUAAUUAUCUUGUGUUACAAGUGCACUAUGCAUCUGUGGACUCUUUCCGAGCUGGGGCUAAAGACUAUUCAGGAUUUAUUCUCCACACCAGCCACCAAAGCCUUCCCUAUGGAGGAGGAAUAUAUCUUCUGUGGGCUUAUAGUGGCUCCAUUCCACCAGAAACAGCAGGCAUUCAUGUUGACAUGGCUUGUAAAUACAACAAACCAGAAACAAUGUUUGCUUUUGCCUACCGCACCCAUGCUCAUAGACUUGCCAAGGUAAUAACAGGUUACCGGGUCCGUAGUGGUGUUUGGACUUUGCUUGGCAAGGGAGACCCUCAGGCGCCACAGGCAUUUUAUCCAAUGGACAAGACAUAUGACAUAAAGAAAGGAGACAUCUUGGUUGCACGUUGCACAUAUGAUUCGAGAGGUCAUAACUUACAUGGUGUUGUUCAUAUGGGGUCAUCAGGCCACGAUGAAAUGUGCAAUUUUUACAUCAUGUACUACAGUAAUGCAGACCGCCUGGAAUAUUCUGGUGGAGAUUGUGGAGAGCAGGACCAUCCAGAAAUUUUUAAGCAUUUUCCAAGUGGAUCUGACACACCCUUGGUUCAUUCGUCCAACUCCAAAGCUUCAUCAGAUCAAGCCACCAGCCCUGUACAUAGCUCUGCAGUAACUCCUGAAGAACAAAGCACCCAGGCAACCGUUUAUGUUCAAGUAUCAAGUGAUUCAAAAAGUCGUGACAGAAACCAUGGAAUGGAUAUUUCUGAUUUGGAGUUUGGUGAGAAGGAAUCACCGAAGUCAAGUACCAAAUCAAACCAAGAUAUGGUUUUCGUGGAAGUUUCCAAGGGAAUGGUUUCUUCUAGCAAAGAAAUGCAGCCUGUUCUUCCUUCUGUGACUCCAACAUCUGAACCAGAUGGUCCUGUUACACAAGCUAGAGAUAAUGAGGAACAUAUCCCGGAGCUCCAUGUUGUGUCUGAUUGGCCAAGCUUAACAGCAAUAGAAACGUCUAAACUGGGACAAGUUACAGGAGUUUCACUUGAUUCCAAGGAACAAGUUAUUGUGUUUCAUCGUGCCAGCAGAAUAUGGGACGAGAACACAUUUGAUUCUGCUGAUGUUUUCCACAAUGCUGAUACUGUUGGCACCAUCAAAGAACAUACUGUGUGGAUCUUGGAUUCUGUGAGUGGGAAAGUAAAAGGAUUUUGGGGCAGGGACAUGUUUUAUUUGCCUCAUGGGCUAACAGUUGAUCAUGAAGACAACUUGUGGCUGACUGAUGUUGGCAGCCACCAGGUAUUCAAGUUCUCACCUCUAGGAAGCAACACCCAGCGUCUGUUGGCAUUAGGAGACAAGCUUGUACCAGGCUCUGGCAGUUCACGAUUCUGUAAACCCACAUCUGUUGCUGUGGACAGGAGCGGAGAGUUUUUUGUAGCAGAUGGCUAUUGUAAUUCUCGUAUUUUGAAGUUUUCUGCCACCGGAAAGCUUCUGAGUUCAUGGGGUGAAGAAUCUGACACUAGACAAGGUUCCCUCGCUCCCGGCUCGUUCUUAGUUCCCCACAGUCUUGCUCUGGACCAAGCAAAUCACACUCUGUAUGUUGCUGACAGAGAGAAUGGCCGUGUGCAAUCAUUUAAUUCAAUCUCUGGAACCUUCUUGGACGAAAUCAAGUUACCGGCGUUUGGAGGAGUUGUUUAUGCAGUGGCUUACAGUCAGAAUGCACAGGGUGGAGUCUUGUACGUUGUGAACGGGCCAAAUCGGGAUCAAGAUUUGUAUGUGCCCAUACAGGGGUUCACUAUCAGGAUUUCAGACAAAGCCGUCUUACAAACAUGGCCCUCGAAUACCGAUCAGGCUCUGUCCCAACCCCAUGACCUGGUUUCCUCUGUUGAUGGAAGUGAUGUUUUUGUAGUGGAGAUUGGUCCGAACAGACUUUGGAAACUGUCCUCCAAACCACCAACCGAUUCCUCGAGUGCAGGUGCUGCAACUACUCCAUUGGCCACUGUACCCGUUUUAACCAGCGAACAGAUUAAUGAAGGUAGUCACCAGACUCCCAUGGGUAAAUCACCUGACCAAGCUGUGGACAGUAAAGACGUCAAUUCUAAACAGGAUGGCGAUGAAAACAAGCCCGAUAUAGACACGUCUAGUCACCAAGAUUCCGCUGGUACAGACCAAGCUGUAAUGACUGAAUACAGUGGAGAUGGAAACAGGUCUCCCAGCAGUCCUUCAUAUCACCAAAAUUCUACUGGUCUGGGUGAAGUUAAUGAUACUGGAAUCGAAGAACCUUCAAAGAAGAGCGUUAUUACUUGGGUCAAUGUUACUGACCAGUCGCGCUUCAUCCCAAAAGGAACAGGCACAGGUAAAAACAGCUCUAUCAGUGGACCGCAAGAAGACUCCGUGGACGGUAGUAACAGUGAUAAUAUAACCGCUGGAAUAAUCCCUGCACUCAUCAUUCUGUCAGUUUUAGCUGUACCUAUCGUUUUCCUGCUUAUCAUCAGCAUUACACUGCGCCUGCGCGCCUACCACCGAGACAAACACAGCCAAAUGAAUGGUUUCCAUGGUAGCCGAAAAAAUCUGUCAGUGGGGAGGACACGGGGCUGGUGGUCAUACAUGAACUGUUGUGACAGACAGAAGUACAAGUUUAAUAGAGUCACGCUACAGGACUUCUACAGUGAUUCUGACAGCGAUGGGGUUUAAAAGCCUCUCACUGGUGAUUCUGGACUUAUAAAUGGAGGUUUCGUCCCUUGUCAGGCUUAAGAAGGACUUAGAAGCUAAAUAAUGGUAGUUAAAUGACAAUACAAGAGUAAUUGUAAAUGUUUUCUCGUUAACAAGCGAGAAACAAGAAAUUGGGACAUAUUAUACUCCUUUCCGUCACUUUAUCAACAUAGUUCGUCAGUAUUAGUCAAAGUAAGAUUUUCUCAUUCGGCAAAUUGACCGACCAAAGACCUAUUGACCAACCGGCAAUCAUGAUCCAGAAUCCACGCCCAACAGCUUUAUAGGGGUUCAUCAAAAACGGGGGAUCAGCCAUGACCAAGUAAGUUAUAUCUGAGGGAACGGUGGCUGUAAGGAAUUCAAGUGGUAUCGUUUAAUUCAGUAUUUUUAACUAACUUGUAACAAAUUCCAUAGUGUUUGUAGUGGAAGGCAACCUUUUCAAACACAUUUUGGGGGGUAUCGCGUUCUUGGUUUUUAAAACUUGCAUUAAAAUACGGUUGUAAGUUGAUAUGGGCGUGUGUAUUCUCUCUGUUAGGUUGUCAGUGUCAGUCCAGUACUUAAGCAAUGACCACACAGUUAUUAGACUGUAGUAGUAGUACUAGUUCAUAAGUUCUGUAUGAACAAGUUUUUCACUUGUCCGAAUUAUUUUUGGUGAAGUAGUUUUGCAGUGUCUGUCAAUGUGAUCACCUCGGAUCAUUCACGAAGAGAAGAAACUCGCAUGCAGCCCGUGCCAAGCGCAGGAAAACCCGCGUAACAUGAGAGUAUGUUUGCUUGUAAUUGGUUAGCGUGUGUAGCACGAGCGCUAUAAUUCAAUUACAGAACACAAACGAAAAGCUAAAGCAAAAUACAUAGUUGAGUUUGAUAGUCAAUCAAAAUUGCUGUAGAGGACGUAAUUCAUUCUGAAAUGUUGUAUAGUCUACUUUCUGUAAUACGUAGGCACUCCAAACUAAAUGGCUUGGCCAGCUUGGGAGGGUAAAAGCAAAUCGAUGCAGUAAUUUCACGAGUUCGUCCAAAGUGUCUGCCGCAAAGGGGAGUUGCCGCAUUCGAUAAAUUGUAAUAUUGUCAAUUAGCACGUUGUUUCUUUACCUGUAAUUCAGUUUUUUGAUUAAGAUUUUUGUAACCAAAAAAAAUUCUUUUUCACUAGUGAUGCAAGCACAAGGGUCUACGCAAACAAAAACCAAAACCGAAGGUGAAAACAUUUCAGCAGGAACGUUCAAAGAUCUCAAAUGUUCGAAGUGUUUUUAUUCUUGUGGCUGUACUUGCGUUGCUGAGUGUUUGCGUGGACUCUUGCGCUUGAAACCAGAAUUAACAGUUGUUUACCUUAACAAAAAGUCAACGCAAUAAACAUGGUAAAACAUGUCUUAUUUUAUUAAUAAAACAUUCUUUAUAGAGUU